AUGUCAAAAUAUAAGGUGCUUGCAUGUGGAUCUAAUGGUAAUUUUCAGUUAGGAAUCUCCAGCGAUGAAGAUCAAGACAUUCUUCAGCCAGUGAUAUUCCGUCAUGAAGAUGGUUCGAAAUCAAAUUAUAUUCAUUCAAGACCGAUCAAAAUAAGUUCCGGUGGAAAUCAUACUUUUAUUUUAACAAAUACAGGAAUGCUAUAUAGUGCUGGUGAUAAUACCUACGGCCAAUGUGCUCAUCAUGUUACCCCUAAGUCGACACACAUUCUUGAAUUCACACCGGUGAGUGGUAAUAAUAAGUGGAAAGAUGUUAGCUGUGGGUGGGAGUUUUCAAUUCUAUUGAAUGACUCAGAUGACAUAUACGUAUGUGGUAUAGGAUUGAAGGGAGAAUUGGGACUAGGUAAUAAGGCAACCAGAAGUGAGCUCGUUAAGGCAUCGUUCAACCUUCCAAGUAGAGUUGUUAAUCUCAAAUCAUCCAUAAAUCACACGAUUGUGAAACUAGAUAAUGGUGAUCUAUAUGGAUGGGGAAAUUGUAGAAAAGGACAACUAGGAAAGCAAGAAAUUGUGACUAUAAAUAAUAAAUCGAAAUCUCGUUCAAUAGUAUGGGAACCAGAGCCUCUACUGUUUGACGAAAUAGACUUACAAGCAUAUGACCUUGGUCGGGACUGUACAGCUAUACUAUACAAAAAUCACCAGGUUAACAUCUAUGGUAAAGGAGAAGAAACAUACGAUUGCGGUGAAAACGUUAUAGAUCUAAAAUCCAUGUGGUCCUCCAACCACUAUUUGGUUGAAGACCAAAAUCAUUCGCUAAGCAUAAAAUCAAGGGGUAACAACAGCCAUGGCCAGCUAUUUCCAAACUCGAAAGUUGAUAUUUCUAAAUAUGAGAUUGGAAGUGAACAUGGACUCGUACUAACCAAACAAAAUAUGGUAUAUGCGUGGGGUUGGGGUGAACAUGGUAAUUGUGGAAUUCACACAGCUUCCAUAAACGAAAAUGACAUAGAAGGAAAAGUCACCUUCGGUUACUUGAACUGUUUAUAUGAAGGUAGCAACCCGGUAGUGCUACUAGGCGCAGGGUGUGCCACAAGCUGGUUAUGUUUACAGACUAAGUAA